UCUCAACCAUAAGUGUAUAAAUACAAGGGUUGAAGCGUUUUUUUCUAUCGUAAAAGUAUUGUGAUUACUUAGUUUUCUCCCCUAUCGUUAAUUCUCUCACUCAAAUACUCUUUCUUCUUGAAACUAUGGCUGCAGAAAAAUCAUCAAUAAAGAUUAUCACGCUGAUAGCAGCCGACGGCUCUGUUUUUGAGGUAGAACCUAAUAUCGUGAAGGAGAUGAAAACCGUACAAUCUUAUAUCGAUGAAUUAGAUCAAAACACCGUAUCAAUUCCUCUCCCCAAUGUAUUCGGUAACGAUCUUGCUAUGAUAAUCGAGUAUUGUAAGAAACACGCUUCAGAGGAAGAAACUAAGGAAGCAAAAGAGGAGUUUGAUUUUGAAUUCGUGAAGAGGAUGAAAAGCGAUGACAAAUUACGCCUCCUUCAAGCUGCAAGUUAUCUCAAUAUGGAAAGUUUUCUUCAAUUUAUGGCAAAGGCUAUUGCUGCUGAAAUUGAAAAUCAGAGUGUGGAAUUUGUUCGUGACUAUUUUCAGAUCGAGAGUGAUUUUACGCCGGAGGAAGAAGCUGAGUUACGCAAAGAGAAUGAAUGGGCUUUUAAAUAGUGAUUUGUUUAUUGGAUUCUAAAAUAAGAUUAGAAAUUACCCUAUUUGUGUAGAAAUUAGAAAUUGAAUGUUGAAUUUUGUUCAAUUAUUUGGUGAAGUUAUAUGGGAAACAGUUUAAUUUUGCGAUUUGUUUUGAUAGUG